AUGAUGACACUGAGUGACAAUAAGGAGACCCCUUCCAGAAUGAAGAGGGUCACAUACGACCCUCUCCCUGUUUUCAGACCUGAGCAUGGCAAUGUGAGGAGUCAUGCUUACUUCUUCCCAGGUAAUCUUAUGGUGCCCUUCGCGCAGUCCUGGGCCGUCGCUCCGGCCUCGCCCGCCGCGCCCGCGGUGCAGGGCGAACUGGGCUGGUCCGCCGCCGGCGACGAGGACCUGCUGACGGUGCGGCCGCCCUACUCGUACUCGGCGCUCAUCGCCAUGGCCAUCCAGAACGCGCCCGGGGGCAAGCUCACGCUCCGCCACAUCUACCAGUUCGUGACCGACAGCUUCCCCUUCUACCAGCACAGCAGCGCCCGCUGGCAGAACUCCAUCCGCCACAACCUGUCGCUCAACGACUGCUUCAAGAAAGUGCCCCGCGACGAGGACGAUCCGGGGAAAGGUCAUUACUGGACUCUGGAUCCGAACUGUGAUAAAAUGUUCGACAAUGGGAACUUCCGUCGGAAGCGAAGGCGCCGCUUUGAGGCCAGCAGCAGCUCCACCCUGGCUGCUGGGCCUUUAGAAGCCCAAGGGCUCUCUUCAGUAAUAGGGUCUGCAGUAGGUGGGAAGCCAGAAGCAGACAGCACCUCCUCGCUGCUGAUGCCUUCACAGUCCCCACAGCCUCCCGAGGGCACCCAGAAUCCAGCUUGGUCUCCCGGAGGAUCCAUGCUCACCUCCACAAUUUGCCUCAACACUUUCUUCAACACCCUCAGCAGCUUCAGUGCCAGCAGAAGUGGGAACACCGAUCAACCAGCUCUCUCUGGCAGCGGCCACCUAGGAAUCCAGGGGGCCCAGCUGCCCUCCAGCGACACAUUCCCCCCUGAGCCUAUCUCCGAGACCUCGCCAGACGCCUUGCAGCUGAGUAAUAGCAGCAGCCCUUUCCCUGACAGCACCAGUGGAGACCAGAACAGCCCCUUCGGCAGCCCUUUCUACAACUUCAGCUCCAUCAACAGCCUCAUCUACCCCCAGGAGGACUCUGAGGUGUAG